GUUUCUUAGUCCGCAGAUUAUGAGCCUUCACUUCCUGUUUCAGAGAAGUCUAACCCCCUGACACGUGACAUCGACCGAGCUUCGGCCUAUAGCAUUGUGAAGAUGUUACAAGUUUGUGAUUCCCAGAUGUUCCAGGAAGAGGCAGGAACGACCUACCAGAGGCUUUUGAGUGACCAAGUGGUGAAAACCUUAACGGAGGUUUCUAAAAAGGUGGAGGUCAUAAUUAAGGAUCCUCAGGAGAGCUGUGUUGUGUUGAGCGGUUGUGGCACUUCUGGUCGGCUGGCUUUCCUGAUCUCGUCAGGCUUCAACAAAGCACUGAGUCAGCUGAACCAAAGUGAAGUGUAUUCAUACAUCAUUGCAGGAGGAGACAG